AGAAUUACCUAAAAAACUUAUAAAUAUAUUCGUGGGAUAUCCUGGAUCUAGCCACGAUAGCUGGGUUUUUACAAAUUCAACUAUUUACGAUAAAUUGUCUUCGUAUUGUGGAGAUUAUUACCUUUUGGGUGAUUCAGCGUACCCAUGUAGCAAAUUUUUAAUAACACCAUACAGGGAUAAUGGGCAUUUGACUAGUGCCCAAAAAUAUUUUAAUAUUAAGCUCAGCUCCGGACGUGUUGCUAUUGAGCAUACUUUGGGCAUCUUAAAGCAAAGGUUUAGGCAGUUGUAUUACUGCAAGUUAAGAAACAUGGAGAAACUGUGUCACUUCGUAAGAGCUUGCUGCGUUUUGCAUAAUAUUGCAAGUGAAGAUGACCUAGAAUUUAUUUGUGAGGUAGCUCCAGAUAUUAUUGAAGAAGUCACAACGCGCGGCGAAAUUUCUAGGGGAAACUCUGUACGUGAUCACAUAUGUCAACAGCUACAAGUUCUCCGUCAAAAUACAUAAAAAAACUAAUAUACACACAGUCUCUCACAGAAGUAUUUGUUGUUUAGUUUUUCACAAUAUUCAAAAUGUUCUUCAUUAUAAAUCUUUUCCGCUAAUUUUUAAUCUAAAAGAUUCGAUUCUAUAACAAAGCCAUAUACAUCAAUGUUGAAAGCUUUGUACAUAAUUUCAGAGAAUUUCAAGAAAUAUUCAUCAUAAUUCAAAACUAAACAACGAAUACUUCUGUGAGUGACUGUGCAUAUACAAAUUAAUUAAUCACAUAUAUGUAUUUAUUUCAUUUGUACUUUCAUUUGCACUUAAACUACAAAUUAAUUAGGAAUAUUUGGCAUUAUUCAUAAAAAAUAAAGUAGGUUUAAAGAGCUUUAUAAACUGACGCUUUCAUAAAUUUUUCAGUUUAUAAACCUUUUUUAAAGCUACUUUAUUUUUUAUAAAUAAGGCCAAUUGAAUAUAAGCCGUUGAUAUGUACCAUUGUCCACAAAAUAAUAGGAGUGCAAUAUUUUGACGAGUUUGACUAGAAUUAAAUCGGCUACCAAACUGCAUACCGCAAUUUGUUCUAAAGAUUCUGAUUAAAAAGUUUUAAAUUUGGGUGAAAAUUUGCGAAAUUUUUAUAAUUUU